AUGGACCUCUUUCGUGUGGCUCGUCGGCACCGUUUCUGGCUCUGUUUUCCAUCCCCUUACUUAGCUAUUGCUAUAACACCUGUAAACUCGGGUGGCGGCAAUGUCCCUUUAUGUUUGCGGCAUCGCGCCUUAAUUAUUUUUGGGAUCGGAUUAUGGAUGUUGGAGAUUUCGAUCAACAUGAACGAUGUCUGCUGCAGAGAUCUCCUUGAUGAUCCUGCCAACAGAGACCAACCAAAGAUCAGACUGGCAUACCAGUUCUUCUCAUUCUUCAUGGCAGUCGGAAACGAACUGGGUUACUUGGCCGCCUUAUUUAGUAGAUUCGAUGUUAUGUUGGCAUUCACCGUGACAAAAGCAUGUGAUAUGUUCCUGCACAAAUAUGAAAAGCAUAUCAAUUUUCUCAAUCCUUCUACCGUUAUUGACGGCCGUGGCUGUGUUAUGCAUCCAGAACAAGCCAGCAUUACAUGA